CUGGCUCCCAGAGUCACUAGCGCCUGCGGAGAGGCUGCACCGCCGGUGACUGUAGAGGCGCUGCUACAACAACGAUGGCUGUCACGGCGUUGGCUGCCCGGGUGCGGCUGGGCGUGUGGAGCGUUAGGGCCAUGCAAGCCCGAGGCUUCAGCUCCGAACGGCCAGACUCCAGCGCGGGCUCGAUCCGGGAGGCAGGUGGGGCCUUCGGAAAGAGAGAGCAAGCUGAAGAGGAACGAUACUUCCGAGCACGCAAUAAAGAACAACUGGAAGCGUUGAGGAAACACCAUGAAGAGGAGAUCACCCAUCAUAAAGAGGAAAUAGAGCGUCUGCAGAAGGAAAUUGAGCGACACAAGAAGAAGAUCAAACAUCUCAAACACAAUGAUGAUUAAAUGUACACAGUUCCCAUAGAGUAGCUACAUAGCAUUACCCACUUCUAUGGAAACAUAGUUCUGGCUUUAUUAAUAUCUGUCUGUGUGCUGCGGACAGAUUAUAAUAAAUUGUCAUCAGUGAA